CCCAUUACGUAGUUCAUCCAUACUCCACCCAAAACCCUUCAACACACCUUAUCACCAUUUCCUCAAUUUGAAACUACUUCUCCCUCCCCCUUUCUCUUCUUCCCCAAAUGUUCAAGAAUUCAUGACAAGUCUACUACCCCCCACCCCCCCUUCACCCCCUUCCUCAACUUCACCAUUUCCCUUCACCCAAAAUCUCAUCUUUAACUCCUUCUCUUCUUCAACCCUCACUUGUAAAGCUACCAAUAGCUCAUUUCAACCUCACCCCACUUCCAAUUCCUCCAACCCCACUUCCUUAAUCACUUCCAAGAACCCAUUUUCAGCUUCCCCUGACAAUACCCUUUUGACCCUUUUGCAGCAGAGAAAGACUGAUGAAGCUUGGUUGUACUACACCAAGAAUCUUGAUCAACAACUCCCAAACCCCACUUGUCUUAGUCGUUUAGUUUCUCAAUUAUCUUACCAAAACUCCACUAUCAGCCUCCGUCGUGCUCAGUCAAUCAUCCAACGCCUCCGCCAUGAACGGCAGCUUCACCGCCUCGACGCGAAUUCACUUGGACUUCUUGCUAGUGCUGCAGCUAAAGGUGGACAUGUUCUUUAUGCUGCUUCUAUUAUUAAGUCAAUGUUGAAAUCUGGUUAUUUACCUCAUGUUAAAGCUUGGAGUUCUGUUGUUAGUCGUCUUGCAUCCUCUGGUGACGAUGGUCCAAUUGAAAGUUUGGGUCUUUUUUGUGCUGUUACUAAAAGGAUUCGUAGGUUGUCUAAUCUUGAUUUGGUUAAGCAUUCGCGGCCUGAUACAGCCGCGUAUAAUGCUGUGUUGAAUGCUUGUGCUAAUCUUGGUGAUAAGAAAAGGUUCUUGGAGUUGUUUAAUGAAAUGAGUGAGUUUGAUUGUGAGCCUGAUGUUUUGACUUAUAAUGUGAUGAUUAAGCUUUGUGCAAGAGGUGAUAGGAAGGAUUUGCUUGUUUUCGUAUUGGAAAGGAUACUCGAGAAGGGAAUUCCGUUGUGUAUGUCAACAUUUCAGUCUCUUGUUGCUGCUUAUGUUGGUUUUGGUGAUUUGGUUACUGCGGAAAAAGUUGUUCAGGCUAUGAGGGAAGGGAGGAGGGAUUUGUGUAAGAUGCUAAGAGAGGGUAAUGUGGAAGAGGUGUGUUUGAAUGAUAGUGAUGUGUUUGAGAAGUUGCUUCCGAAUUCUGUUAAUUGGAGAGAAAAUGAGCCGCCGGAGUUGUCUAGAGUGUUUGAACCGAAUUCUAGGAUGUAUACGACUUUAAUGAAAGGUUAUAUGAAUGCUGGUCGUGUUGCAGAUAUGGUGAGGAUGUUAGAGGCAAUGAGACAUCUAGGAGAUAGUGAGAGCCAUCCAGACCAUGUCACUUACACGACAGUUAUUUCUGCAUUUGUGAAGCAAGGUUUAAUGGAUAGGGCACGAGAGGUGCUGGCUGAGAUGGUCAGGAUUGGUGUCCCUGCUAAUAGAGUAACUUACAAUGUUUUGAUCAAAGGAUAUUGUCAACAGCUGCAUAUUGACAGGGCAGAAGAGCUGAUUAAAGAGAUGAUUGAUACUGGAAUAGAGCCUGAUGUGGUUUCUUAUAACACAAUCAUUGAUGGAUGUAUAUUGGUAGAUGACAGUGCAGGAGCUCUUUCCUACUUCAACGAUAUGAGAGCGAGAGGUAUUGCUCCAACCAAAGUAAGUUACACCACUUUGAUGAAAGCUUUUGCCUCGUCUGGUCAGGCUAAGCUAGCUAACAAGGUGUUUGACGAGAUGCUUAAAGACCCUCGAGUGAAGGUUGAUUUGGUUGCUUGGAAUAUGUUGGUAGAUGCAUACUCUAAGCUAGGAAAGGUUGAGGAAGCAAAGAGUGUGAUCGAGAGGAUGAAAGAAAACGGAUUCUACCCAAACGUAGCCACUUAUGGCAGUCUUGCAAAUGGAAUUGCUUUGGCUAGGAAGCCGGGAGAAGCACUCUUGCUUUGGAAUGAGAUAAAACAGAGGUGUGGAAUGGGAAACGGAGAGGAGUCUACUCCGUCUUCAGGCCUCCUCCCGCCAUUGGAACCUGAUGAAGGACUGUUGGAUACAUUAGCAGACAUAUGUGUCCGAGCAGCUUUCUUUAGGAAAGCGUUGGAGAUCGUUGCUUGCAUGGAGCAACACGGGAUACCACCAAAUAAGACCAAGUUUACUAGGAUCUACGUCGAGAUGCAUUCAAGGAUGUUUACUAGUAAGCACGCGUCAAGAGCUAGACAGGACAGGAGAAAGGAACGAAAACGAGCAGCUGAAGCAUUCAAGUUCUGGUUGGGAUUGCCCAACUCCUAUUAUGGAAGUGAAUGGCGCCUUGAUUCAGUAAUUGACGAUGAAUACAAAUCUGAGUAAUUGAAGAUGAAAACACAGAUAUUAUUCUUGAAUAUAUAUGUAGAUUUGAAAGUUUGGUGUGUUAUACACAGUUGAAAUAUAAUCUGAUACAGCUUUCUACUGGAUUCUGUAAGUGUCUCUUCUAUCUUAUGAUGGUCAAUAGCAAUUAUAUUUAGUGUAUUUUACCAAAGUU